CGCCGCGCCUGGCCAAGACACUGGAGCACUGACUCCAGAUUAAAAGUCGUCUUUGUCCCUUUGUUGUCCACCAAUUGCCAAGCUCGGCUCUCUUGGUGCGCUUCGCCGGCUGCUCAGCAGACUCCAGAGUCUCAGCCCGAACGGAGGACCCACAGCGGGCUUUGUGGGUCCUAAAAUCCAGCCCCGUGCCUGGUGAGUGAAUGAACUGGCUCAGGGAUCUGAGCGAAGGCAAGCAAGACUCCUCCCUCCCUCCCUAUCAUCAUCCUCCUCAUCAGUGUCCUCCUGCUACCUCCCUCCAUUCUGAAUCAGGAUGAUUCUCAUGAGAGAUUUGCUCCUCCUGGAUCCAUCUGAGUCUCAGUGACGCAGCUCCUUAGUCCCCCCUGAGAGUUACACUGGGGGAAUCACCCUCCAAGGAGAUGCGGCUGCGGCUCCCAAACUAAACUGAAAUCCAGCGCCGGGGAUCCCUCGCCCACGGAAGCACCCUAGGGAGAUGUCCAAAGUCGCCACACUGCCAGACUGAGGAACUGGGUCAGAAGGAGAAGAGGGAUGGCUGCUAUUUGGAAGGGUGGUCAGCCUGGACCCCUUGUUUUUUGCCACUCGUGGAUGGGGUAACGGGCCCGCUGGGGUUAUUUUUCUGGGUUUUUUGUUCCGGGGGAGCAUCCUUGCAGCUGCGUCAGGAGAAUCCAGGUCUUGGGGAGAAGGUUUCUGCGGGAGGCUUUCCUCCUUUGACAUAUCCCGGAGAACAGGUGACACAGCGUCGGAGGAGACCAGGGCAACCUCUAGGUCGGGGCGGCGACACCAGAAGCAGGCAGGAUGCAAGUGUCCUUCGUCUGCUCAGACCACAACAUCAAGAACCGGAGCGCGGAGGACCGGCUCAACCGGCAGAAUGCCAACAGCCCCAGCACGCGGGGUCGGUUCCGGGCAGUGGCGAUGGUGGCCCGGAGCUUGGGGCACCUCUCCGCGCAGAACGCCCCGUCCUCCAGCGACUCCAGUGUGAAGCAGACUGGCAUGAAAUACAGAAACCUUGGGAAGUCAGGACUCCGAGUUUCCUGCCUCGGGUUAGGAACAUGGGUGACAUUUGGAGGACAGAUUACGGAUGAGAUGGCGGAGCAGUUGAUGACCUUGGCCUAUGACAACGGCAUCAAUCUCUUCGACACGGCGGAAGUCUAUGCUGCAGGGAAGGCUGAAGUCGUAUUAGGGAAUAUCAUUAAGAAAAAAGGAUGGAGACGUUCCAGCCUGGUGAUAACAACCAAAAUCUUCUGGGGAGGAAAAGCUGAGACGGAGAGAGGACUCUCAAGAAAGCACAUUAUAGAAGGCCUGAAGGCUUCGCUAGAACGGCUGCAGCUGGAAUACGUGGACGUGGUGUUUGCCAAUCGGCCAGACCCCAAUACGCCCAUGGAAGGGAACCCAUUUAGCUCUUCCAAGUCGCGAACAUUCAUCAUAGAAGAGACGGUGCGAGCCAUGACCCACGUCAUCAACCAAGGGAUGGCCAUGUACUGGGGGACGUCACGGUGGAGUUCCAUGGAGAUUAUGGAAGCGUAUUCAGUGGCUCGCCAGUUCAACCUCAUCCCGCCCAUCUGUGAGCAAGCAGAGUACCACAUGUUCCAGAGAGAGAAAGUGGAAGUGCAGCUUCCAGAGCUAUUCCACAAGAUCGGUGUGGGCGCCAUGACGUGGUCCCCUUUAGCAUGUGGAAUCGUUUCGGGGAAAUACGACGGGGGGAUCCCUCCCUACUCACGAGCAUCGCUAAAAGGCUACCAGUGGCUGAAAGACAAGAUCUUGAGUGAGGAAGGGAGGCGGCAGCAAGCCAAGCUGAAGGAACUGCAGGCCAUCGCUGAGCGGCUGGGCUGCACUCUGCCCCAACUUGCCAUUGCAUGGUGUUUGCGGAACGAAGGGGUCAGCUCCGUCUUGCUGGGGGCUUCCAAUGCAGACCAGUUAAUGGAGAAUAUUGGAGCAAUACAGGUUCUUCCAAAACUCUCCUCUUCUCUUAUCCAUGAGAUCGACAGCAUCUUGGGCAAUAAACCCUACAGCAAAAAGGACUACCGGUCCUAAUCGGGAAUCCUGUUCCCGCCUGGGACUUUCUACUCCUUGAAUUCCUCUGCCUCUCCCGUUCGCUUGCUUAAAGCUAUAUCGAAGCCAAGUCAAGAAAUAACGGUUUGCAACCCAAGACAACAGCGCAGCGUCUGAACCGAAGGCGUCCUAGAGAAAACCGUAUUCAAACGUCGCCAGACUGCAUAGGCUUCUUAAACUUUAAUUUUCAUUUCGAAUGCAAGAAAAUGCUGCAGGUUUGGGAAAGGGGCGAGUGAGGUUGGUUUCACGUCCAUGCUUCCUUUUUUGAAGGAGAAAACAACUUUAGAGUUUUCUUCUCUUCCUCCUCCUCUCUCUCUACCUUGCAGUCGUUUUUUCUCUCUCUCUUUCUCCCAACCACCAUAUCUACGCACAGAGAGAAUAUCACAGCACUCAGCUCAUCUUGGUUUGAGCUGGGACCUUCUUCUUCUUCUUUUAAAUGGGCAGAGUUAAGGUCAUCCUUCAAUCCACCAUCCCAACUCUCUGUAAGCCCAACGAGAGGAGCUUUGAGGAAUGUGCCUUGGCCAGCCUCCUGGAAGUGUCAGAAGCUGCUUUUUGGGAGCCACUACAGGCACCCUCCCCGCUGCCAACCAUUCCCUCUUUCCCUGUUUUGACUUUUGGGGGAAUGUGACGGAUUCAGAGCGAAUUGGCUGAGCAGAAAGUGCCCAGUUCUGCAACGUCCCACAGGCCACGUUUUGCAAAAAGUGGUUCAUUCUUUCUAUCAAUUGGCCUCAGACCUGGGGGGGGGGGCAGGCAGCG